CCCAUUUAUUAGGCUUUAUUUAACUUAAAAUUAGAAGUUAGUAAAUGGCAUAAUGAUUGACAUAACAUGUGACCCGGGAUAUUUGAUAGCUUUUUUCUUAUUUAAAUUUUUCCAGUUGCAAUCCAGCGUUGGUUUCGGCCGCUGGAGUGGAACAACAUAAACCGGGUUUAUGUUGUGACAGAAUUAACUUUUAACUUACUUUCUUGCUGUGGUAUCGCACUUAUCGUACAAAAUGUUUUGAUGUUGAUAAACAAACACAAAUAGUUUGCAAGAACGUGCUCGCUUCAGUCCUAUAUAAUAUAGUAUACUUAUUUAUUUACUUACAUGGUAGACUUACAGCUAGAAAGUGACAAUAAUUGACACAAGAUAGUUAACAUAACAACUAUACAUUAUACUACGCAGUUAGUACCUACGCCUAGUGUUUAAAUUAAAGUGCGUAAAGCAUUAAACUUUUAAGCGAAUAUGGAAUUGAAUGAAAAUAAAGCGUUAGUUCUUGAUGGUGGUUUCUCGUCACAGAUUUCAUGUCAUUUCGGCAAAUAUGCAGAUGGCGAUCCACUGUGGAGUGCGAGAUUCUUGAAAACCGAUCCUGAAGACGUAUAUCAUACCCAUUUGGAUUAUCUUCGCGCCGGAGCUGACAUUAUAUCCACCAACACGUACCAAGCUUCCGUGGGAGGUUUUGUGAAACACCUUGGCGUGUCUAGUGAGGAGGCGUUGGAACUGAUUAGAUUAGCUGUGAAAUUGGCGAGGCGCGCUUGUGACACUUACUUAGAGGAGAAUAGUCAAUCACUUUUAAACUCAACUCCACUCAUAGCCGGUUCAGUAGGCCCCUAUGGUGCUCAUUUAAACGACGGAUCUGAAUAUCGUGGCAAUUACGCAGAUAAAAUAUCAAGUGAGACAAUGCGAGAAUGGCAUAUCCCUCGUAUAAAUACUUUGUUGGAAGAAGGUGUGGAUUUACUAGCUAUAGAAACAAUACCAUGUUUAAAGGAGGCCCGGGUUCUUAUUGAGCUAUUGAAAGAAUAUCCCAAAGCCAAGGCUUGGCUUUCUUUUAGUUGUAGAGAUGAAGAGAAACUUGCUCAUGGGGAGGACUUUCAAAUGGCUGCUGUGCAAUGCUGGCAGACAAAUCCGACUCAACUGAUAGCUGUAGGAGUUAACUGCUGCCCCCCUAAUAUUGUUUCUAACCUUGUGAAGCUCAUCAAUGAAGGCCGAGAACAACCUAUUCCCUUUGUGACAUACCCUAACUCGGGAGAGAGAUAUAUCCCAGAUAUGGGAUGGACAGACAAAGAUAAAAGUGAAUCCAUUGAUAAAUUUGUCCAUGAAUGGUUAAGGCUUGGUGUAAGGUACAUUGGAGGAUGUUGUAGAACAUACCAAGCUGAUAUUACUCAGAUAAGAAAACUAGUGGACAGUUGGCAUAUGUAACAAAAUCAACAACAAAGUUAAAACAAAUUAUUUAAAAGAAAUAAAUAUAAAUAUUUUAAUGAUUUCUAUGUACAAUAAAAUAAUUUUCUCUGUAGGUACAAAUGUAGCACUUGGACAACUUGUUCUAAACUAUAUCU